AUGAAAUCAAAAGAAUUGAUAAAUGAAUAUGAGAAUUAUUUCAAAGAAUGGACACAACUAAAUUAUUUUGAAGAAAUUUAUAAUAAUAAAAAAGAUGGAAAUUCAAGUGCUGAUAUUAACAGAAAGAUUCAUGGAAGAAAAAAUAUAUUGUUUUUAAUAACAACAACUGAAGGUUGGGCUUUUGGAGCUUUUAUUGCUGGACAUAUUCCUGUUCCUUCAGAAUCAAUGCAAUACGUCAAAGACACUCAUAAACAUUUUGUUUUUACAUUAAAAAAUCCAUUUAAUAUUGAACCAAUGAUAUUACAUAGAAAAAAAGGAAAAGGAAUGACUCUUAUUGUAUUUCCAAAUAGUAAUAUUGUCUAUUCCUUAGUUAUUAAAAAAUUUUGUGUUAUUAAAAAAUCAAAAGAUGAAAAUUCUGUUAUUCAUCCAGAAUUUAAUACUAAAUAUGAAGAUCCUACUCAAUAUAGCUGUUGUUUAUUUACUGGAGAAGACUCUAUUAAUGUUGACGAAAUUAUUGCUUAUCAAUGCUCCUAA